AUGCGCGGUUCUCCGCGGGCGUGGGGGGCCGCGGGCGCCAGAGGAGCGGACACGGGGCAGGAGCCUGCCCUGUCCCCGGGUCAAGGGCGCCACGUCUCCAUGUACCGAGUGGCAGGUGUCACCUUCCAGUCUAGGCGGCAGAGCCAGACUUCAUGUCCUGGUCUGGAUUUCAGAGGAUUUCGUCUCUGCUUAACCCUUUUUCUCUUCUCAGUCCCCUGUCUCAAGAUUCUCCUCAGCAAAGGCCUAGGGCUGGGCAUUGUGGCUGGGUCACUUCUGGUAAAGCUUCCCCAGGUUUUUAAAAUCCUGGGAGCCAAGAGUGCUGAAGGGCUGAGUCUCCAGUCAGUAAUGCUGGAAUUAGUGGCAUUGACUGGGACCAUGGUCUACAGUAUCACCGACAACUUCUCAUUCAGCUCUUGGGGUGAAGCCCUGUUCCUGAUGCUCCAGACAGUCACCAUCUGCUUCCUGAUCAUGCACUAUAGAGCACAGACUGUAAAAGGUACGGAUGAUUCACCCAAGAGCAGGCUGUUUGGCUUCUGGGAACUCAGGCCUUGGGAAGCUGGAGGACAUUGA